AUUCCCAGGAGAGUUUGAUUCGAAAGGUUUAUGAAAGAGCUGGCAUAGCGGAUCCAACCAAGACGGGGCUGUUUGAGUGCCAUGGGACGGGGACUAGUGCUGGGGAUCUAGCGGAGACCGAAGCCAUCUCCCGUGUCUUUGGGGACAAAGGGGUUCACAUUGGAGCUGUAAGUCAUGAAGAGUCUUCUAUAUACAGCCAUCUCGCGACUGACACCAGAACAGGUGAAACCAAACGUUGGACAUUCCGAAGGUGCCUCUGGUCUGACCAGUGUCAUCAAAAGUGUCCUUGCGCUGGAGCAUCGCGUGAUCCCCCCGAUUGCCCGCCUCCAAAACCGUCAUCCGGCCGGUAAGCUGAUAGCCCACUAUCAGGUCGUCCUCGUUACUGACCGUGCAAUCCCAGUUCCUCUGAACCUCCGCAUCGCGAAAGAGCUGACACCAUGGCCCGAAGACCGCGACGAGCGUGUGAGCGUGAACAGUUUUGGCAUAGGAGGCGCGAAUUCUCAUGUCAUCCUAGAGUCAGCGCGAUCCCAUCUACCGAGAGUGAAAGUCCCAACAGUAGGAAGAAGACACAUGUCUCCUUCUCUCGUGCCCGUCUCCGCGACAAGCGCGAAUUCACUCGCAGGACAGAUCCAACUCGUUAAGGAUUACUGCAAGUCUCGGACAGUUGCCGCUCAAGACCUUGCCCAUACGCUUGGGACCCGGCGUGACCAUCAUCAACAUCGUGCGUUCGCUCUGAUGACUGGGGAGAACAGCAUAUCAGAGCUUGCCGCUUUCGAAUCCGGGGCUGCCUCCACCAAGCCACCGAAGCAAUUGGUCUUUGUUUUCACUGGCCAAGGGGCUCAGUGGCCUGGGAUGGGAAAAGAGCUUAUGCCAGCGUUUGACGGUUUCCGGACAGAUAUUCGUCGGCUGGACAACGUUCUUCAAUCGCUGCCCAAUCCUCCCACUUGGAGCAUGGAGGGUACGUGCAGGAUUUCCACAGCUGCCAUCAUGACUCCCUUUCGUUUUCUAGCCUCUCUCUUCCCGCUUCUCCGCGGUCCUACCCUCUCACUGUCGUCCCUCGGUUUCUUCAGACUUGAUAUCAUAUUCUCGUGUCACAGAACUUCGCACUGACAGUCCCCAGACAAGAUAUGUGCCUUUGACGACGCGUCGUUGUUUGCACAGGCCGAGUUUGCCCAACCCCUUUGCGUCGCAAUCCAGAUCGGGUUGGUCAAUCUGCUUGGAUCAUGGGGCGUCAUUCCCACACUGGUGGUUGGUCAUUCCAGCGGCGAGAUUGCCGCUGCUUACGCUGCUCACUCGAUCACAGCCG